AUGGGUUCUCUUGGCCAAUCCAACAUUUCGGCACUUCGCGUCGACACCACAGAGCUUGCCGAGUCUUUGCACGAAAGCUGCCAAUAUGGCGCUGCCCAUCGAUAUGGCAAGCUUUCUACGGAGACGGGAAUGGCUAGGCUGAGUCUCGAUGACUCGGACAAGGAGGUGCGAGACUGGUUCAUGAGGACGGCCAAGUCACUGGGCUGCAAGACCUUCUUCGACCAGAUGGGCAACCUUUUCGCCAUUCGACCCGGCAAGAAGGAAAACGUGCCUCCAAUCAUGAUGGGGUCGCACUUGGACACACAGCCAACGGGUGGCCGCUACGAUGGCAUUCUCGGCGUUCUCGCUGGGCUGCAGGUCCUCAAAGUCCUCAAUGAGAACAACGUCGAGACCGAGGGCCCGAUUGGCGUCGUCAACUGGACCAACGAAGAGGGUGCUCGAUUCCCCAAGAUGGCCGUGUCGUCAGGGGUCUGGGCAGGUGCGAUCCCAAUUGAGACUGCUUGGGAGCUUCGAGAGGUUACGCCACAUGAGGGAAAGCCCAAGUCAAUGAAGGAGGAGCUUGAGAGGAUAGGCUACAAGGGGGAACGGCCGGCCUCGUUCGACGAUAACCCGUUUGCCGCCCACUUUGAGCUUCACAUCGAACAAGGCCCCAUACUUGAGGACGAGGACCUCAAGAUCGGUGUCGUUGAAGGUGUCCAAGCCUUCAAGUGGUUCGACAUCACAGUCCGGGGACGGGACAGCCAUGCGGGCACAACGCCUCUGUACGCGCGCAAAGACACAGUCCUCUCCGCCGCACGAAUGCUGGUCGCCGCCAACGCAGUCGCCAAGAAGCACGACGGCCUGAGCACGACGGGCAUCUUCAACGCCGAUCCCGGGACCGUCAACACCAUGGCGCACACCACCAAAUUCACCCUAGACUUGCGGCACGUGCGCAACGAGGUCCUCGCCACCAUGGUCAAGGAGUGCGAAGACGAGUUCCGUCGCAUCGCGCAGGAAGACAGCGAGCAGGGCUGCGAGGUGGAGUGGUCGCUCCUCGUCGAUAGCCCCGCCGUGCAGUUCAACGAGGAGUGCAUAGCGGCCGUGGAACAGAGCGCCAGCGACGUCUGCUCCACGCUGCCUGGGGCGUCUUCACGAAAGCUGUGGAGGCCGAUGAUCAGCGGCGCGGGGCACGACAGCUGCUACACGAACCUGCGCUGUCCUACGAGCAUGAUCUUUACGCCGACCCGGCAGGGCAUCAGCCAUAACCCAACCGAGUACUGCUCUGCGGAGGACUGUGCUCUCGGUGCCAGUGUGUUGUUGGGGGCGGUAUUGCGCUAUGACAAGCUCAGGCUUGAUCGAGGUGACUUCAAUUAG